AUCUGACAUCCAGCGCGCAGAAACGCGCCGCCGCUCUCCCCCCUCCUCCUCUUCCAAAACGCCCCGGAUGAGACCAGCGGCAGCAGGCGACAUUCAGAGCUCCAUGGUCGUGUGAUCCGGUCAGACAUAGAGCGCAACAAUCAUCGGAUCGGACUGCAGCAAAGGGACCGUCAGCCACUGCUGGAAUCCUGACAUUUUCCACGCAGACGCGGUUCUGAGAAAAUCCGCGCAGAAGACGAACAGGCGAGGAGGAGAGUGAGGCGAAGUGGCACAUUUCUCCGCUUGCGGUGUCCGAUUUCCUCGGUGAAAGAGCAAGCAGACAGGCUGCCUCACUCUAAGCUAUGGAAUGCUUCCUGCUCCCAGCAUCUCUAGUCUCCAAUCUUUGGACUGAGCUUCUUACACUUAGUUAGCAGCUGUGCUUCUCCCCUCGAACUCUUUCUAAACCAGGGGACAAAAAGAAGAAGCAGGCUUACCAAGUCUUCCACGGAAGACGCCGAGCACCUUUUUCUUUUUUUAAGAAUAAUUAAAGAUUAGUUUACUUUUUCUCCAGCUUGGAUUUGUGCUCUGAUAACAUCCUAUCAAGAUGGAUCUGGAACCGUAUCUGUGGAUGGUGAUUAUUGGCUUCAUCAUCGCCUUCAUUCUGGCUUUCUCCGUGGGGGCCAACGAUGUGGCCAACUCCUUCGGAACAGCGGUGGGAUCUGGUGUGGUCACUCUGAAGCAGGCCUGCAUCCUGGCAUCCAUCUUUGAGACGUUGGGCUCGAUGCUGCUCGGCGCCAAAGUGGGUGAGACCAUUCGGAAGGGCAUCAUAGAUGUCAACCUCUACAACGAAACGGUGCCCGUCCUCAUGGCAGGGGAGGUCAGCGCUAUGGUCGGAUCCGCUGUCUGGCAGCUCAUUGCCUCCUUCCUCAAACUGCCCAUCUCUGGGACUCACUGCAUCGUUGGAGCCACCAUUGGCUUCUCCAUGGUGGCCAUCGGCACAAAGGGUGUUCAGUGGAUGCAGCUUGUCAAAAUUGUGGCUUCUUGGUUCAUCUCACCCUUGCUCUCUGGACUCAUGUCUGGACUCCUCUUCUUGCUCAUCAGGUACUUCAUCCUCAACAAGGAGGAUUCAGUCCCAAAUGGUCUGCGGGCGCUGCCUCUCUUCUAUGCCACCACCAUUGGGAUUAACACUUUCUCUAUCAUGUACACUGGAGCCCCAUUGCUCGGAUUGGAAAUGCUGCCGGUUUGGGCCAUCUUCCUCAUCACGUUAGCCGGCUCGCUGGUCUGUGCCGCACUGGUCUGGAUAUUUGUCUGUCCUUGGCUAAAAAGAAAGAUAGCAAGUCGCUUAAAGAAGGAGCAAGCUCUGUCCAGGAUAUCCGAUGAAAGCCUUGAUAAGAUUCCCGAGGAGGAAGAAGAAAGCCCUGUCUUCAAAGAGCUGCCCGGAGCAAAAGGCACAGACGAGGCCGUGGUGCCGCUCACUGGAGGCAGCAGUGACAGGAGCACCAGAGACUCCAGCGGAGAGCUCGCCAACUCUGCAAAUGGAGGCAGUAUCCUGCCAAACGGCAGGGUGUACGGUCGAACUCACUCCAUGACCAACGGCUGCCUCAAAUCACCUGUCGCUAACGGCAGCUUCACCUUCGAUGGCCACAUGCGCAGCGAUGGCCAAGUGUACCACACGGUCCACAAAGACUCCGGCCUCUACAAAGACCUGCUUCACAAGAUCCACCUGGGCCGCAUGGAUGACGGCGAACGCUCGGGUGCUCAACAAGCUGACAACAAUUACCGUCUGCUGCGCCGCAACAACAGCUACACCUGCUACACAGCAGCGAUAUGCGGCAUGCCCGUCCAGCCGGUCAGGCGCUCCGAGUCCCGUGAUGACAGCGAGAAGCUUGUGGGUGAGGCUGGCGGCAGGAGCAACAGCGUGUCCUACUCAAAGAAGCGGAUACGCUACGACAGCUACUCGUCGUACUGCAACGCCGUGGCCGAGGCGGAGAUCGAAGCAGAGGAGGGAGGGGUGGAGCUAAAGCUGGGUGCAGAGCUGGAGGGGGUGGAGGAAGAAGGAGGUCAGGCCCCGGUGCCGAUCGAUGACUUGGCAGAAGAAGAGAAUGAGGAGAAAGACAAGUCGGAGGUGUUUCUGCUUUUCCACUUCCUGCAGAUCCUUACCGCCUGCUUCGGGUCUUUCGCCCAUGGAGGCAACGAUGUCAGUAAUGCCAUUGGGCCCCUGGUGGCGCUGUGGAUGAUUUAUGACCAGGGAGGCGUCAUGCAGGAUGCUGCCACUCCAAUCUGGCUGCUCUUUUAUGGCGGUGUGGGCAUCUGUGCUGGCCUGUGGGUGUGGGGACGGCGUGUCAUCCAGACCAUGGGGAAGGACCUGACUCCCAUCACCCCGUCAAGCGGAUUUUGCAUUGAAGUAAUGAGUGCGCUAACAGUGCUUAUUGCAUCAAAUGUGGGCAUCCCAAUAAGCUCCACCCACUGCAAGGUGGGCUCAGUCGUAGCCGUGGGCUGGAUCCGCUCCCAGAAAGCUGUGGACUGGCACCUCUUCAGGAACAUCUUCCUAGCCUGGUUCGUCACGGUGCCAGUGGCCGGCCUGUUCAGUGCUGCCGUCAUGGCCCUGUUCGUCUACGGCAUCCUGCCCUACGUCUGAGGGGGGCGUGGCUGGGAGGGCGAGCGGUGGAGAAGGGGAGUCAGAGAGGGGGAAACUUGGAAAGAAAUCGUAGCGUGGGUAAUGAUGAUGGAAGGCUAGCAGAACCGAGGGCGAGGAAAGAAAAGUAGGAAGAAUCUGCAGAGGUUUACAAAUGGACUUUGGUUGUACUAUGGAGGAUGUGAGGAGGGUUGGUUCCCACGCUGCCUGGCUCUGAUGUCCAGAUAUCCUCUUAACUCAUCUGAGUUUCAAUCAGUUCAUAAUUAUUCUCUUUUCGGGGAGAAAAUGCACCAUUCAAUCUGCUGUACAUACAAUAAUAGGAAACUUUCCUUUUAAUUAAAAAA